UCUUCCGUCUUCAGCUCGACACGCGGUGGCGCUGGCGGUGGGUGCGGCAAGGCCCCUCGCGGUGCCCAUGUCGCUGCUGCCGCCGCCCCUUCGUCUAAGCACGGGCGGAGCCUUCGGCGCCAGGCUAUGGGUGGGCUCUGCCGCAGUGAGUGAUCUAUUGUUGGAGCCUCCUAUCGAGCUGUGCCGUGGCCACGGUGGUUGGAGCGGAAGCAGGAUUUUCGGGGUCGCUUCCCCCGUGCCGACGGCCGCAGAGGACUCUCCAACCACAGUAUGUCAAACCGCUGAUGCCUUUGUGUCUGUGUUGAGAGAGGUGCUCGCAAAGCUUGAGGGGGCAGGAAACAAAGCUGAAGGAGAAAGGAGAGAAUGGAGCCCAUCUCAUUCAGUUGUUGAAGGAGCAAAGGAACCUCUGUCUCAUGCAGUUGACAGAGGAGCGCAAAGGAAGUUGAGGCAACAGCAGAAGAAACUGAAGGAGGAGGAAGCAAAGUUGAGGCCAGGAAAGAGUUUCAUUUGAAGCAUGGAUUUCCCUUGGGUGCUGACGAAGGAGAAGAGCACCAAGUCCCCAAUCCGGGCAGGUCCCCCAAUCAGAGGCUGAUCACAAGCCUGAGGAGAAGAUCAUCUAUGAUGCUGGGUUCACAACCGUGUAGUGUGUUUUGCUAGUGGAUCUUGGGUUUGGAAAACUUGUUAUGGGUUGUUUUCUGUUUAUAUUGUUUGACAGAUUUUUUUUUGUAUAGUAUCUAUCAGUUUUUUCCAGCUAA